AUGAAAAAAGACAACCGGACCUGUUUGACAGAGAUUGUCCUGCUAGGUUUCUCAGAUCUCCAGACCAUGCGAGAACUUCUGUUUUGUCUGGUUCUAAUGUUCUACUUCAUGACCUUGAUGGGCAACAGCCUGAUUUUGAUCCUCACCGUUCUCAAUCCUACCCUUCACACUCCAAUGUACUUCUUCCUCUGGAACUUGUCCUUUUUGGAAAUUGGCUACACCACGACCAUCAGCCCAAAUAUGCUAAUGAAAUUACUAUCAGAGAAGCAGACGAUAUCCUUUUGGGGCUGUGGAUGUCAAAUGUCUUUCUUCAUUCUCUUUGCUACCACCGAGUGUUGUCUUCUUUGUGUCAUGGCGUAUGACCGCUAUGUUGCCAUUUGCAAACCCUUGCAAUAUCCGUAUAUCAUGAACUUCAGGGAAUGUGCUAACCUUGCUGGUGCCUCAUGGGCCAUUGGUGUUUUCAUAGGUUUGGGGCAAUCUAUUUCAAUCUUCACCCUUCCCUUCUGUGGGUCAAAUAGAAUCAGCCAUUUCUUCUGUGAUGUUUUGCCAGUUCUGAGAGUAGCUUCCACCAAUACCUACAAAAAUGAAGUGGCUAUUGCCACACUAUCAGUUCUAGUUAUCCUGGUACCCUUUUUGCUCAUCCUUUUUUCCUACAUCCUCAUCAUCUCCACUAUUCUCACAAUGCCGGUGGCCCAGAACAG